GAAGCGAGACGGGGUUGGUGUGUCCCACUUCAACAACCUUCAGCAGACAGCGGAGAGCAGCAGCGGAAGCCGCGCCUUGCUCCUCGCCCGCUCUCCUCACCGGCGCCGCCUUGCUCUCCUCGCCGGCGGCCCAAGCUCCUCACCCGCCGCGAGGAUACGUCGGCAGGUAUGGACCAGCCGCGGUCGAAGAUGGCGGAGGACAUGGCGGCGCAGCGGGCGGCGUGCGAGCGGCAGAUGGCCGCCGGCCGAGACCGCUUCGCCUCCGCCUCGGCGGCCGUCCGCGCCGCCACCCUCUCCGCCCGCUCCGGCGCCCACCAGUCCCUCUCCCGCCGAGAGGACCUCGACGGACUCAAGAAGCGGCUGCGGGACCUGGGAGCUGACCUAGGGCAAGCUCUGUCCGUUAAACUCGUCAUGGAGUCGAAAUGCGAGAAACUCAGGGAGUCGAUUUCAGCCUCGGCUGCUACAAGUGAGCAGCUAGGUGACCUGGUCACCAAUCAGAGGAACAGGAGCGAGCGGCAUGCCGCGGUCAUAUCGGAUGUCCUCGAGGCUGCUGAGGCUUUCGAAGCAAAGAAUGAUGAAGAUGUUACACAGUUGAAAGACAUGGAAAAGGCUAUCUGCUGGUAUCAAAAGCGCCUUGGCUUCCAGCCCGUUGUUGAAGGGGAAGGUGUGAAAUUCGUAUUUGACAAGGUUGACUUGCAAAGUCCUGAGAAAGAGUUUUCAUUUUCCUUAAAGUUUGACGGUGAUAGAUAUACCUCAGUACUUCGAUGUAGUCCACCCGUGGAAGAUUCUGAGGAACUGGUGAAGGAUUUGAACCUCACUAACGAUCUAAUCAAGUUUGUAAGAAUAAUCCGACAGAGGUUCCAGGCUGCUGCUUUGAAUGGGGAUCUUCCUGUAAGCCCAACAGUUUGUUCAGAUGCUUCCGCUAUACCCAUCUCAUCUCCGGUGAUAAAGUCAGUUGACUCCAGAAGCAAAAAUGAUAGAGAUAGAAGUAAUUCUCAAAGUAAGAACAGGAAGCCGGCUCUUCCUGCUAAGAGAAAAGCUUCUGCCCUAUCGGUAGCAUCUCCUGUUUCUGUGCGUCGCUCCCCGCGUUUUGUGGGGAACGAGGGAGUUGCCAGCUGAUGCGUACCCUGACCUGGCCAAACUAAUUCCUAACCGAUAAUUUGGCUAUCCCGCUCUUCCCUGUAAACGUCGUUGGGCAGCAGACUCGGCUAUUGUUCAACCCCCAUUAACUCCCCAAAGAGAAUGCUUUUCUUUAGUCCCCUUUAACUUCCAAGGAUGGCUUGGCUCGCAGAAAGCCUGCGGAAUCGUUUGUCGAUCGUUUAGAACAGAGUUUGGUGUGGCCUCCGAAGCGUUGGUGUGAUUUUGGACAUGGUUUUUGUCGCGGAGAGGCUUGGUGCCGAAGGUGGAUGUAGUUUCUGGGCGUGAUUUUGCUUAGGGAUGUAAGUGGCAAAUAAAUGGCGUCCGCAAUCCCGUUUAGUUAGUUUUUGCUAGCUUGAUAGUUCAUUUUCCUCAAACAAACAAAAAACCUUUUUGAAUUAUCAUAUCAUAAGUGGACUUUAAACGGGAUUAAACGGGACCCGGUUGACA